AUGUCUAUAGAAAAUAAUCUUGAAUCUUGCCUGAAAAUUGCUAGUCAGUACAUCACAGAUUUUAAGUAUUCGAAAUUUUUCGUCAAUGGAAAUUACACCACCUUGUGCGAAAACGUUUUAAAGAAUAGGCUAAGCAUAAAAAACAUUUUGACUGAAUUUCAUAAAAAAUGUUAUCAGCCAAGAAAUAUGUCACUAACAAUACUGCUAGGAAACAAGGUAAAUACUGCCGAUCACUACAACAUGAAAGAUGUUGAAAAUAUGGUUGCCCACAUAUUUGGAAAGAUAAAAAAUGAGAGCUACCCCAUUGAUGGGGAUGUUAUAAAGAAACAAAUUAAUCGUAUGGAAUCAGAAAGGGUAAAUUUUAAUGGGAAAAAAGACAAUUACAAUGAUGCAAAUUUCAUCUACAUGGAGGGGCGAGAUGAAAAGGAAGCUGCGUUUGUCCAAUCUAUGAAUGAGCUUCAUUACUCGCUUGAUUUAAACCAGAAGAGCAGGUAUGUUGAAAUCAUAAAAAAAGAAGAAUGGGGGGAUCAACUUUACCUAUACUGGAGCUCCAAAACUAAUGCUGAGUUGUGUAAAAAGAUUGAAGAGUUUGGAUCAAUGACAUUUUUACGUGAAAUAUUUUCUGACUUCAGAAGGAACGGAUUUUAUUAUAAAAUAUCUGUGGAAAAUAAAUAUGUCUAUGAUUUGGAGGUUACCAGCAUAUGUAACAAAUACUACUUGAAUUUCGGAAUAUUGGUAAAAUUAACACAAAGUGGGAAAAGUAACCUCGCUCAUUUGAUACACAUAUGCAACGUGUUCGUUAACGAAAUAAGCAAAUUAUUUGAUCGUGAUAGUUUAGAUAAAGGUAUAAGUAAAUACAUCCUUGACUAUUACAGGGAGAAGGCAUUGGUCACCGAUUUGAAUUUUAACAGUGAUAAUGUUAAUGUAAGCAUUGAUGAUUUAGUAAUUUAUUCGAACAGACUGCUAGUUCACGCUGAUGACCCAUCUUCCCUUUUAACCAUUCAUAGUUUAAUUGAAGACAAGCAUAAAAAUGACUUUCGCAAUCACAUUAAAAUAACAAGUUUGGUAGGAUCUCUAAUUAGAAAUGAUAAUUUAAAUAUUAUAAACGUUGUAGAUGCAUUCAGCUUAACAAACCAGGGUCAAAUUCCGAACACUACCAUAACGUAUGCUUUAGGGGAAAAUCCAUAUUUGGUUGGUCAAGGGGGAGUUACAAACGAUGUAAAUAUUGCACUUCCAGAAAUAAAAGUUUGCCCUUUCAACAGCUUUGACAAUAACAACGCUUUACAUGAAGAAUCAUUUUUCUGUGUCCCAUACAACAAUAAAGAAAACUUUGAAUUUUCAGACACUAAACCAAUGUUUGUGUCUGAGGAAAAUAAGAAUGAGUUCAGAGCUAGCGUUUUGUAUAGCAUGCCUUGUUUGAUUAAAUCAUCCUACGGGUACAAUAUUUAUUUUAAAAGAGGUCUAACAGAUGCUUCAAAAGUAAAAGCGGAUUUCAUUUUUUAUUUCCCUUCUGAAAAGAUUACUUUUUAUGAAGCUAUUUUUUCCCGUAUACACAUUAUAAUUUUGAGGAAAAAAAUAAAACUCUUCCUCACUGAUUAUGCUAGCUGUUCGGUAAAUGUACAUAUCAAGCGGAACGCAGAAUCGUACAGUGUACACGUGGACACUAACAGCUAUCAUUUCUCAGAAUUGUUUAGCAAACUAGGGGACCUUUUAUCAGUGAAAGAAACCCCCUCCAAAGAAGAAUUUGCCGAUGCUUAUGAUGAGUUAAAUAUGUACGUGAGAAGUAGCAGAAAAUUGGGAGCAGGAAAUUCGUUAAAAAUUAUGCAUUCCUUAUUUAACCAAUAUGAGCCAACGGACAAAGAAAUGGAUGACCUUUUAAGCGCAUACUUCUUUUAUCCCUCAUAUACGGAUUACACCAAAUAUGUAGUUGAUUUUUUUCAUAGAAAUUAUGUUAGCAUAUUUAUAUAUGGAAAUAUUGCAAUGACGACGGAAAAGGAGAACGAAAAUGCAACUAGCUACACUGACCAGAAUGCUGACAAUGGGGGCAGCGGCGUUCCGAAUAGCAGGAGGCAUAAUGUUAAUGAUAAUACUAAUGCUAGUGCUACUGUUAGUGUUAAUGGCAAUGGGGGUUGGCACAGAUCUAGUCUGAUGCUUUACGCCGAGGAGAAUAAUAAAGGCAGUGCCUCACAGUGGGAGGAACGAGAUAACAGGCUGAACGCGCAAGAAAAGCUCGGAGAACAGGCGUUUGCACCAGAUUCCAUUCAAAUAUCUCACAACGGGGUAGGGAUAGAAUACUUAGUUAACCUGUCGGAGUCAUUCAUAAAGAAAGUGACCAAUGGAGUUGUAAGACGAAGCGAGUCCACGUACUACACGAGCAAGUUAGUUCAUAAUGAAGAUGUAGAAAUAAAUAUCCCCAAUAUGUCUCAAAAUGGGAGCAGUUCAAUAAUAGUGUCCUACACAAUCGAAUCAGAAAGUAUGUUAAGCGAUGUUUUAAUUAACAUUAUCGUUGAUUUAAUAUCAUCCGACUUUGUUAAAGUUUCUAAACUAAGAUAUAAUGAUGGUAACAUGGUUGAAGUAAAACCAUUUUUCACGCGCUAUGGGUUAAGUGGAUUGCUUUUUGUUAUUCAGAGUUUUGACAAGGAUGUUGAAAAACUGGAGGCACAUAUAUGCACCUUUGUAAAAUAUGUGAUAUUUCAACUGAUGAACAUUGGAAUGUCUGAUAUGGUGAAAAAGCUGGAAUCCAUGAAGGAGUAUUAUAUCAUAAAUAACACCAUAUUUACGUUCGACCAAGAGUAUGCAUCCAUAACGGAUCAGCUAACCUCUGGAAUGGAGUGCUUUGACAAAAAAUACAAAAUUAUAAAAAUAUUCGAUGAAUUAAUUAAUUGCCCCAAAAUAAUUUUGAAUAAAAUGAACGCUAUUUUAAAAAACUCCAAGAAGGCAAUUUUUAAGGAAUAUAAAGCAGAUCACGCGUCUUCUAGCAAAAGCGACCAAGUUGACAAUGAGAACUCAUACAUGUGCAAUUAUUCCCACAAGGUGCCUGCGAAAUUGUCAAGUGUGCAACUGGCAGCGAAUUCUCGGUUGGCUAAGAAAAAGCAACCAAAAGAGAGAACUUUGCGCAAUGACACAUUUAGGAUGAGCAAAUUACGCAAAAUGGAGAAUUUCAUUAAUGUGUCAAAUUUCGUUCAGAUAAAAAGCAAAGGGUUCUUUCAGUACGUUAUCGAUUAUUUUAGGGGUAACGUGAACUCGCCCUUGAAUGACAACAAUUAUCUCGACUUUAAAAGCUGCGACGAAGAAAUGUCCAAAAGGAACUUCCGCGUAUUUUACAAUUUUGCCAAUGACGUAAAUAAAAUAAGGGAGUACUUUCUCCUUAAGUUUUCCAGUGAUAAAGAAAUUAGGGAGAAGUGCUCCGUAGAUUAUGAAGAAAUUAGACAGUAUUGCAGUGAACACUAA